UGAGAUGAACUAAUUUAAAAAACAGUACCAGUAAUUGAACACUUUUAAAACUUAUAUUGGUCAUCUGGAUUGACUACUAGCAGACUAGUGGUGUUCAUAGAUCUUGUAGCUGUUUAUAUUUUAUCUUCUUCUCGAGGCAUAUGGACUAGGUCUGCAUCAAAGAUGAGCACUGACCCUACUUCAUCAGACUUCGAUCCCUUGUUGGCUCUAUAUUCAAGUGAUAAUGAACCACAGACCAGCGAUGUCAAGGUUUUCGAUAAUAUUGCAAUGUUUGAAGGUAGCUUGAAAAGGCAGCAACAUUCAGAGAAAACGAAAAAUGCACCAGGAUCCUCGAAAAGAAGUCAAAAAAGUUUUUCACAAAGAAAGAGAAUGGAAGAAGAAGCGAGGAACAGAGAUCUCGGAAAAUUAAAAGAAUUUAUGGAAAUGAGGAAAAAGAUUGAUAGAGGGGAAAAACCUGAGGAUGAAAAACCAGAGAAAAAAGUUAGAUCUCAAAGAACUCGAACAAGAAAAACACUUUUUACUUCAAUGGAAAAGCUGAGUGAAGGCCCAUACAGUCUAAUACAUCGGAUUGUAAGAGAGCAUUUGAGAUGUAAUGUUUAUGUUCGAGAUUUUUGUGGACUGCGAGGUGUUUGCAGUGGAUAUGUGGUUGCAUUUGAUCGAUUCACUAAUUUGGCGAUGGUUGAUGUUGAUGAAACUUUCCGAAAACCACCUUUGGGAAAAGUUGCUGAUCAUCAAAAACAACUUACUGUUGCUUCACUAAUGGAUGCUAUGAAGAAUAUAAGUCUGGGCAACACCAGUUCCGAAGUAACACAAUUCAAGAAAACUGUGCAACAUAGAGCAACAACUGGUGUACAAAUUGUUGCAACAGCUUCUGAUAAAAAGAAGCCAAGCACAGAGCUCCCUUCAAGCAGUGAAACGAAAAUCAAAGUUGUUGGAAAGGAUUAUUUUAAGCCUGAAGUUUUUCACGGGGGAACACCACAGCUUUAUCAUCGGCACCUGGAUAAUCUUUUUGUCAGAGGUGAUAGUAUUGUCUUGGUGUCUUUGAAAUGAAAGAUUUGAGUACUUGAAUCAAUGGUAUGAUCCACUGCGACCAGCUGGAUGGCAGAGGACCAGAUAAAGAGAUUUCGCAUAUACACAUAUGAAUGGGAAAAGUUGAAGAAUAUGGCAUAUUUUUGAAUCCUUCGCUGGUGUGUCGACGUAAAACAGAGUACAAAUGCUAAAUUGUAUUAGUAUUUUUUGCCAAACGAGUUUUGAUAGAUCUAAUUAUCCACUGUGUUCAACAAAAAUCAACAUAUUGCGUGAACAUUUUUAAGACCAAUAAAUGAACAUUCCACGAGCGUUUUUGUGGAGUCAUUAUUUACAUUGCUUGUUUCAAGAUAUCUCGUUCACAACAAACAGAAGUAGUCUCUAUUGAAAUAUAAAAUUGACACAUUGUUUUGAAUAUUCAUUCCAUUCUGUUCCGCAGUUGGUGAUUGAGAUCGCGAAUUACCGCUGAUAUGUUGUUUUUCAUGUUGGCUGACGGACAAUUCGCCAAUUUAUACCAGUAAGGAGUUUUCCGUCUGGUUGUUACUUAU